AUGUCCAUGCAAUUAAACCUUCAGCUUUACCACACUACAGCAUCCUCGAGGAGCAUGAAAGGACGUGUGAGCGUGAACAAUUUCGGCACUUGUGUAGAUUAUUUCUGCAGAAAGUCUGACACAAGAACACUAAAGAAGCUGGCGUUCGCCAUUGGCUCAAAAGAAGGCUCUACAAAAUCCGCGAUUCGUUCCAACAUUGUGACGCAGUGCGCGAUUCUCGAGCAAUUAGCGUCACUCCGCAAUAUCAAUGGAAGUCUUACGAUUACUGCAAUUGACAUGGGGAUAGACAACUUUGCCCACUGCCGGCUGGACUGGUCUGCGACCGCGCCGCGUCCUCAAUUACUUGAGUGGGGAAAGCUUCAGCUCUCUGGUAAAUCCAUUGGACUUGACGACGACAAGAUCCCCUUCACACCAGAGAACAUGUCGCGUUUAGGUUAUAAGCUUACAGAGCAAUUGACGCGUAAUACUUCAGAUGCAUUUGUGCUCGAGCGCCAACGCACCCGCACCAUGGGCUCUUCGAAUGUUUUCGAGCCUGUUCUGCGCGUCAAUACGCUUGAACACGUUCUCUUUUCAAAUUUAUUCGGUCGUUUGCAGCCGAAGCAUGGGAAGCGUGCUGGUUCGCCGUCAGAAUACUUGGUAUGCUCUUCAGAUCCAAAAAGAAUGACCGAGUACUGGUGCAAACAUAUGCCGUCGCGGAGUAAAGCGGUGACAAAAGCAGAAAUCAAUCUGGUGCCAGCUACGAAGAAGCCUCUGCCGGCGCAGGUCACCAAAAAGUUAAAGAUAGCGCUUGCGCACUCUUUGGUGAGUGACGCGGCCACCUCCCAGUCCUUGCAUAAGCUUUCUCUCCCAAGUAAUCUCGUCUCUAGUUUUAGGUCACAAACGCUGAAUAAGAAGAUUAGUCUCUUCGAUGGGCUGGGUUUGAGUGAAGACGCAGGUAAGAAUAAAGAAGAUGACCUUGCAGAUUCACUCUUGCAUGCAUUGGCUUGGUUCGACUGGGUCAACACGUUUGACGAACUAACUAAGGUUAUACGAUCAAAUGGCACCGAAGGUCCAGUGGCGCUCGCAGCAUUCAAUGCAUUCGUGAAACAGAAAAAUGCAGAUAUCCUGUCUUUUUCUAAAACUUGCAUCCCUAACCAAUAA